CCCUGACAAAAUCCUCUUCCAUUGAUGCUGGUGUCUUCUUUCGAAGCGAUCCAUGGCCUCCAAUGGAAGCUCCAAGAUGCUUGGAGACACGGAGAGAAGCUUGGCGAGGAUCAAGAGGCAGCUGACAUGGGGUUCCGGCAGGCAUAUCUUGCAGGGUCCUCUGCUCAAGCGGUCGGAGAUGCUUAGGAAUUGGAAUGAGCGAUGGGUGAUCCUAGAUCCGACUACAGGAAAAAUGGAAUACAAGACAGACAGAAAUGAGGUACUUAUCAAGGGAAGGAUGGAUUUUGAUUCAAACAGUACAAUUAUUUUAUCCCCUGUGAAUUUCCAUGGACAUCCAAAGUACGAUGGUUGUUGUUUUUAUAUCGGGACCCCUCAGAAAAAGUUCUACUUUCUAUGUGCAGAAACCUCUGGUAUUGCAAGAGCUUGGGUAGCCACACUACGGGCAAGUCAGUUGGUACUACGGGUGCACAAAGAAACUAUCAAUUCCAUACGUGGGAAUGUUUCUACAACCUUACAAUCAGUUGCUACUGUCAUUGCAGCUGCCAACACAACUGCAUUGGAGGCUUCUAAAGAAAUUGAAGCGGCAAUGAAAAUCUCUAUCGGAGGAGCGGGUUUGGACUUGGUUGAUGAUGAGCCAAAUGAAGCUCACUUUGAUGAGUUAACAAUUAUGAAGGAGACUCUCAGAGUGAAAGACGAAGAGUUACAACGGUUAGCCAAAGAGCUCCGAGCUAAGGAUUUUGUUCUAAAGGAGAUUGCCAAUAAACUAAAGCAGACCGCUGAGGCUGCCAAAGCUGCUGAAGAUGCUGCGCGUAAAAUGGAUGAUGAGAGAAGGUUUGCAUGUACUGAAAUUGAACGCCUGACCGAGGAUGCAGAGAAACAAAUGCAUGCUACCCUGCAGAAGUUGAAAGAAUCUGAAGAAAAAGUCAUGGUUCUUAGCAAGGAGCGAGAAGUCCUGUUGAAGCAAAGAGACUCUACCUUUCAGGAGACACAGUUGUGGCGUUCCGAGCUUGUGAAAGCUAAAGAGCAUACCAUAUUAUUAGAAGCAGCGGCCAAUAAAGCCGAAGAAAGGGCGAGAAUUGCAGAGGCUGAUUCUGAGGCUAAAUCAAAAGAUGCUGAAAAUAAUGCAGUGGUUGCUGCAAGAGAAAAAGAUGAACUCAAAAGCAUUAGUGAAUUUUCUGCAAUCACAACUUCAAAGAGCACAUAGCAAUACAACGCAGGUCUUCGACGAGAAACCCAAACUUAUGCUCCAUGACACAACACUUAUCAGAUGGCAAUGUCGAUAAAUCUUCAGACAAAUGUUGAUAUUUGCACAAUUGAUUAUACCAUUUGAAUGAUAAAUACCUGAUAUAUAUAUCAUGUUAUAAACUGCGUAAAUUUCGGUAUAACUUUUGUAUCGAUGAAUAAACUUGAUCAGACCGACGUAAUGAAGAGUUUGUAAAGGUGUGGACAUGCUUGUACAAA